CAAUCUUCUUUUAAAAAACCCAAAGAGCUAGAGCUAAGAUAUUUAGCAUGAAACAUCUUCUAAUAGGUGUCUACCAAGUUUGUUCAAAUAAAAGCCCUGGGGUCAAAAUAAGCCCCGCCUCAGGGGGUCAUUGAUUUUCCCAAUAUGCAUAUAUUAAAAACUUAAAAAUCUUCUUUUAAAGAACCCAAAGAGCUAGAGCUAAGAUAUUUAGCAUAAAAAAUGCUCUAAUGGAUGUGUACCAAGUUUGUUCAAAUAAGAGCUCUGGGGUCAAAAUUGGCCCCGCCCUGGGUGCCAUUGAUUUUCCUUAUAUGUGUAUAGCAAAACCUUGAAAAAAAUCUUCUUUGAAAGAAACAAAUAGCUAGAGUUUAGAUACUAAGCAUAAAACAUCUUCUAGUGAGUAUCUACAAAGUUUGUUCAAAUAAAAGCCCUGGGGUCAAAAUUGGCCCCGCCCCGGGGGUCAUUCAUUUAUCUUAUAUGUGUAUAGCAAAAACUUAAAAAUCUUCUUUGAAAAAACUCAAAUAGCUAGAGUUUAGAUAUUAAGCACGGAGCAUCUUCUAGUGAGUGUCUACAAAGAUUGUUCAAAUAAAAGCCCUGGGGUCAAAAUUGGCCCCGCCCCGGGGGACAUUGAUUUUCUUUAUAUAUGUAUAGCAAAAACUUAAAAAUCUUCUCUGAAAAAAACCGAAUAGCUAGAGUUAAGAUAUUAAGCAUGAAACAUUUUCUAGUAAGUAUCUACAAAGAUUGUUCACAUAAAAGCCCUGGGGUCAAAACUGGCCCUCCCCCAGGUGUGUCAUUGUUUUUUAUUAUAUGUGUAAAGAAAACAACUUUAAACAAUCUUCUUUUAAAAAACCCAACGAGCUAGACCUUAGAUGUUUAGCAUGAAAUAUCUUUUAAUGGGUGUCUACCAAGUUUGUACAAAUAAAAGCCCUGGAGUUUAAACUGACCCGCUCCGGGGGCCUAUAUACAGGUGAACGAUUUCAGGGCCAUCAUGGCCCUCUUGUUGAAGUAUCCUAUAAGAAUUGUUACAGAGAUGCAUAUGACAUAAGUAUGCAAUGACACAUAUUUAACCACUUCAAAUGCUUGUUAUCCCCCGCCGAUGGAAUCGGGAGGGGGAUAUAGUUUUGGCGCUGUCUUUCCGUCCGUCCGUCCUUCCGCACAAACAUUUAAGGUAUAUGAGCUAACUAACGGUACACUGGGACAAAAGAGAACAAAGUACUUCAUUCCGUUAAUAAUAGUUAGCUCAUAAGGAAACAUUAGUUAGCCCACAAGGAAACAAAAGAAAAGAACAAUAGAAAUAGCUCAUAAGCCUGAAAAAUUGGUACGUCCGUCCAUCCGUCCGUCCGAAUUUCGUUUCCGGAGUAGUUCUCUGCAACUACUGGCUGGAAUCCAACGAAACUUUAUGGGAAUCAUCAAUAUCAAGAGGAAAUGCGCAUAUCGUCGGCUUGUUUCGGUCCAACCCUUUAACUCAGAGUUAUGGCCCUUGAUUAGUUAUGUAGUAUGCAUAUAGAGUAAAAAUCGUUUCCGGAGUAGUUCUCUGCAACUACAGGCUGGAAUUCAACGAAACUUUAUUGGAAUCAUCACUAUCAAGAGCAGAUGCGCAUAUCGUCGGCUUGUUCCGGUCAGACACUUUAACUAAGAGUUAUGGCCCUUGAUUAGUUAUGUAGUAUGCAUAUAGAGUAAAAAUCGUUUCCGCACUCCUUCUCUGCAACUACUGGCUGGAAUUAAACGAAACUUUAUGGGAAUCAUCAAUACCAAGAGGAGAUGCGCAUAUCGUCCGCUUGUUCCGGUCAGACACUUUAACUUAGAUUUAUGGCCCUUGAUUAGUUAUGUAGUAUGCAUACAUCUCAUUGGCAUUUCCAGAUUUUACUAUUUAACACAAAGUUAUGGCUCUGUUAUUGCCCUGAAUAUUUAUCAAGUUCAAAGAAUAUUACUGUUUAUGCCAUGAUAAAUGUAUAAAUAAAGCCUUAUGUCUUCAGUUGUUGUAUUAAUUAUAACCAAUACUCGGCGGGGGAUGUAAAUUCAACGAAUUUGCUUGUUUUGAUUUUUACUUUUCAGGUAACGAUGAACAUCCUAUAUUUGGUUGUGUUAUCAGUUUAUGCUAUCAUUCACAAAGGUUCAGGUACUUUUAUACAAAGAAACAGUCAUCAAGCUGAUGAAGCCUACGAUGAAUGUGGUAGAAAUCUAACAUUAACUUGCAUGUUCACAAAUGGCACGUCUGUAAUUGUUUGGAAGAAUGCGGACGAUAUUACACCAAUUUCACGUUGUAUACAAAAUGUUUGCGAUUUAGAUCCUCGUUAUGUUGGACAAUACACAACUUCUUUCGAUUCAACACGGUGUAUCUUCAAUUUAACAAUUAUAAAAGCAACCAUGAAAGAUAAUGGAAGAAAGCUAGUGUGUUCGGAUGGAUCAAAUACUGAUUCCCAUGUAAUAAGAGUCAGAGACUACGAGCCCGUACUUUUAGAAGAUACAAAAUUUGGGACAAUAACAGCGAUUUCUGGUUGCAUUUCAAACAACACACAUGUUUUGUUUAAAUGGAAAAAGAUAUAUACUGGUAGUACAAUUGAGGAAGAAAUUAUACCCAAAUUCCGUACGCCAUACAAAAGCAGUUGUUCUGACGACUUUGAGUGUGGUAAUGACCAACAAGUAAAGUAUACUGAGAUAGUCACGUCCAAACCUAAUGAGAACGGAAACUACUUUCUAAAAAUUGAAGCUAUAUAUGGAAAUGAAAGCAAGGAAUCAUUCAAAACAGCUAAGAAGUAUAUCAUUGAAGAACAGGAUGAAAAAGAGGUUAAAGCUGGAGUCAUUAUCAUUGUUUAUGUUGUUGGUGGUCUUUUUGUUUUAUCUGUGGCGGCGUUUUGCUUUUUUACCUUACGUCAAUAUAGAAGAAGACGCAAAAGAAUGAAAAAGAAGAAACCAACGAAAAAAGGAUCAGAUGAGAAUAAAAAUGAGGAGUCGAUUCAUUCUUUCCUUUUCAUGGCAAACGGACCAGAAAAACCAACCAACGAAGUGGUCGUCUGUUAACAUUGGCACCCUAAAUAGGCUUUUUCAAUUUUGCUAUCAUAUACUGUAAAAUCCAUGUUCAUACAUUGUAUAGACAAGCCAAUCUCGUAACAAUAGUCGGUAAACAAACACAUGGCUGUAUUUAAAUAUUAUCCGACAAUAUUGACCAGGUACUGCUUUAACUUUCGUAAAGGGCAUAAUAUAAACACUGAUAUCUUACAAAUAUAUCGGUAUAUUAAUUUAACACGUCAGAGAGGUGUGAUGGUUUGCUAUAGAUGCCUGGCUAUGGAUUUGAAGGUUUCUAUUUCGAUUCCUAAUCGACACCACGUUAUGAAGAUACACAGUUUUUAAAUUUACUUACAAGAAUUAAUUUGAGAUAUUGGUACUACAACUCGUUUUAGGAUACCUUUCAAACAAUCUUUAAUAUAUUUUAUUUCAUGAUCGUUAAUACUCAAUGAAUCGACUAGUAGUUUUCACUUGCUGUGUCAGUCGUACUGCCUAUACUGUUUUUCUGUUGAUGAAGAUGUUUCCUUUGUUUUAUCGAGAUAUGUCCGUAAAUACGCAUUGUUCCUUCUUUGUCACAUUUACCAUUUGUGCAUAUCAUAUCAUAAAGUUUAACAUAGAUAAUAAAAAUGUUUUUAUAUUUUACAGUGUAAUAUUUGUGUAAAUUUCAAGUCUUUUAUUCACUUUCUUUCGUUUAAAGUCAGUCGUACUGCCUAUACUGUUUUUUCUGUUGAUGAAGAUGUUUCCUUUGUUUUGUCGAGAUAUGUCCGUAAAUACGCGUUGUUCCUUCUUUGUCAGCAUUUACCAUUUGUGCAUAUCAUAUCAUAAAGUUUAACAUACUGGUUGGAGACCACCAAAACCGGACAACCACCAAACCCGGACGGCCCCGAAAAUGCUUAAUUUAGUAUUUUCUUUGUUCAGUGGAUGUCAGUCUCUUUUUUAUCAACAAUAAGUGCAUGUUUCUUUUAAAAUUAAGUAAAUAAAUUUAUUUCAACCUCCGUAAAUGGUAAUAUUUUAUUGUCUAUUUCAAGAAUGUUACCAUUGAAAUUCGGGGGCCAAGAAAGCAAUGCCUGACCUCAUUUACCAGCUCAAAUCAUUUGCAGGGUGAAUAAUAGAAUAUCCAAAACUUCAGCAUUUGUUGCUGACAUAUUGUACAUCAUGUUACAAAUCAAAAAUCAAAAUACCCAAGCUUUUAUCUGAAUUAAAUCACAUCAUGUACAUAUCUGUCCGGACAUAUGGUACUGUAGUGUAGACAAUUUUGGUAAUUUUGAUACCCUCCUUGUCGAGUCUCAGAUAUAUAGUGUCAAUACAAUCAGAAAUAAACAAACUAGUUUGUUAGUUAGGAGAAGAACCUAGCUGAACUGUGUCAAAUUUUUUCGUCUCUAGAUUAAAAAUUAUGAAAUCUGUAUGGAAAAAUGUUCCAAAAGUGUCCGGUUGAUGGUCUCCGACCAGUAGAUAUUAAAAUGUUUUUAUAUUUUACAGUGUAAUGUUUGUGUAAAUUUCAAGUCUUUUAUUCACUUUCUUUCGUUUAAAGUCAGUCGUACAUGUACUGCCUAUACUGUUUUUCUGUUGAUGAAGAUGUUUCCUUUGUUUUAUCGAGAUAUGUCCGUAAAUACGCAUUGUUCCUUCUUUGUCAGCAUUUACCAUUUGUACAUAUCAUAUCAUAAAGUUUA